AGGUUUUCCUGGAGCUCUGUAAAGAUAUUACAAAGAUAGCUUAUUAGGGCCACUCAUCGGACAGUUUUUUUCGGUGAUAACCAAUUCGAAUUGAAUUCGCAGAAAAUCUAGGACCAAAAUGGCGAACCUUUUGUUACAGAUCAGUUUUCUUCUGACGCCAUGUACGCUGGUUUCUUCUGACAUCUACAAGUCAGUUAUGUGGACCACAAAUAAUCCUUAUUUUCAGAAUCAUAACAAAACAGGAAACAGUCUUAAAAGUUUCUGCUAUGGAGGAGAGCUGGAGAUGAGCGUGAAAUUAAAAGAUGUGCUGCCAAUUAUUUGUCCCUUUGAAAACCUUAUCAUGCAAACCAUGGAAAGUCAACCAUCUUCAGGAGUACUGUAUGAAAACCUCUGGAUUGUUUAUGACAAGGAAAGCUAUAAAACAUGUAACAUCAAUUUAAAUGCAACAUUUGGUGGAGGAAGAGAAAAGUUGAAGAACAAGUUGUUGUAUAAAUGCGAUAGUCCAGAUUCAUUGUCAAAUUAUUUCUAUCGCAUUGACUUCAAAGAAGACAGUCCUGUCUCCAAAAAUUUUUAUUUUGAGCCAAAUGAAACAUAUUACUUUUUGGCCACAUCGGAUGGAGGUAAAAGCUCACUUGACAAGACAAGUGGAGGCCACUGUAACAAUGAUGGUGAUAAUGAGAUACGCAUGAAGUUCAGAGUCCAUGUCUGUGGAACACAUGAACAUUAUACGGACCCACAAUGUGCAGAUUCUUCCACUAUUGGAACAUUUAGAUGCAUAAGACACRAGUCUCCAAGUUCACUCCCAGCUACCACAGCAUCGCCCCCAGCUACCACAGCUUCGCUCAAAGCUACCAUAACUUCACUCCCAGCUACCACAGCUUCGCUCCCAGCUACCACAGCUUCGCUCAAAGCUACCAUAACUUCACUCCCAGCUACCACAGCUUCGCUCCGAGCUACCACAGCUUCGCUCAAAGCUACCACAACUUCACUCCCAGCUUCAAGUUCUACAGGAAGUGCAARCACUGUAUYCCCCCCUGAGCUCCGUAGCCAAGGAUCCUCACAAAGGUGUUCCUGCUCAUCAGACUGGGUUAUAGUUGGAAUUUUUUUCAUCAUAUUAUUUGUAUUUAUUGUCCUGCUCGCUGUAUAUUAUUUCUACAAGCAUAUGUCGAGUAAUUCUUCUACUCAUCCCAUCCCAUCACCAGAYCUGUAGUGUGCACCAAUAGGACUCAAUGAAGAUACAAAUCAUGUGAAAGCAAACCUUUGUACACUCCCCGGGUACACUUAAAGGUCCUUAAACCCAGWUUUCUUUACUGAAGUAUUGACUAGAAAAGACUGAGUGGGAACCAGCUUAAUAUUAUCUUCACUGAAUGCAAUUUGUAAAUGCUGAUCACUAUAUUUGACAAGCUGUCAUGUUUGUGUCAUGGUCACAAUGUGAUUGAACCGACGCAAUGAUGUAAAUAUUAAGUGAACAUACUACGUAGUAUGCGAUGUACAAUUUUAUAUAUGAACUGGGAAAAACUGCUUCUGCUUAACUUAUCUCAAAAAAAAAUAUAAGUGUAAAAACCAGCACAACAACUGCUAUAUUUUGUGGUGGGAACUAGCGAUAAACUASUGUGAGCUGCA